CCCCUUCCAAAACACACUCGCGCACACGCACAUACACACAGCUGCUCGGAACCAUGUCAGAAGAUGACGGAUACAGUUGUCGCGGAGGGACAAGUCAAGUUUAGAGAUGGCAAAAAGUGGAAAUCUCGAUGGGUUGUCGUUCGGAAGCCUUCUCCGGUGGCAGACUGUCUGUCUGUGCUGGCCUAUAAAGACAAGAAGAAAACCAAGCAGCGUCUUGGCGUCACAUUAGAGGGUAUCUAUGGUGUGGAACCAGGGCCUGGUUAUGACGGCGUCAGCUACACCCUUUCUAUUCUGUGCCUGUCACACACACUGGUGCUGGGCUUCCACAGUCGAGAAGCUCUCCUGGCCUGGGAUGCUCAUGUACGCUACAGCCUGGGAGAAGUCCACAGAUUUGGUGUCAAUGUGGAGCCUGGUACCAAAUUGGAGACUGGCCCCGCCUCUCUGCACCUGUGCAACAACCUACUGGGCCUUAGCAAGGGCCUCCCUCCCGUCAUCAUCGGUCACUGGAAGCUGUCCACGUUACGGCGAUAUGGCGCUGUGCCGAACGGCUUCGUGUUUGAGGGCGGGACUCGCUGCGGAUUCUGGGCCGGCGUUUUCUUCUUGUCCUGCUCAGAAGGAGAGCAGAUCAGUUUUCUAUUUGACUGCAUUGUCCGAGGCGUCAAUCCCAACAGGGUCCCGCAAGGGCUGCGACCUUCCCUGCCAGCAGAGAACCCCAAUGCUGAUCCGGCAUCAGUUGAAGAACGGAUCAACCAGGAAGCCUCAGAGCUGGAGAAAAGACUGAGCAUGCUGUCCACUUGCAGUCUUGCAAGCAGCACAGCCUCCACUUACAGCUGCAGCACAUCUGUUGCCGGGGACGACCGCAGCAUGUCCAGCUCCUCUUCCAGCCAAUCAGAUACCAGCUACGGGAGCCGACGUCCGCUCUGGGCAGAGCCCUUUGCGAAGUCUCACCUCUCCAGCGAGACGGCGUCAAGCUCAUCCACGCUGAAGGCCUUGACUUCUUCAGAUGACCGCCUCUAUUCUGCUGUGAUGGGAAGCUGCGGUCCAUCUUCCACGCAACUCCAACCUCGGGGUCUCCAUGACAGCGGGCGCCAGAGCUCAUUGGACAGCGGCAUUGGGAUAGCGACUGGGAGUUCGGGCAGUUUCUCCUCCUGUACAGGGAGUGUGGAGAUGGCCACUCAGGGAGCAGGGGAGGAAUUUGGCUCCCUGACCAGUCUACCUGCUCAGAGGCUUAGCGAUGACCUGCUCAGACAACACUACGAUACACCCAGGAGUGUGAUCCAGAACAGAGCCCUGAGGGACUGCUCAGCAGUUCAAGAGCGCUCCUCUGACAGCACGUUUGGAAGUCAGAACCAAGGACUGACAAAAGGUCUGCCAUCAUCGGAGCCUCAGCCCCUGGCUUUGUUGCCGUGCUCUCUCUCCUGGCCCGGUGAGAGGACCCCCCCUCUGGACACUGAGUACAAGUCCAUACCCUGGCAAGGAAGGGCACUUUCUGAAGAAAGACAGUGCUGUUAUGGUUUUGAUAACUACAUCACACCAGAGCAAUGGCGCACAGCAAAUAGCAGAAGUUUGCUGAUGCAGGUUGGCAAUGCUUCAUCAGGUCCACAGCCUUCUGCUGAUUCACCAGACCAGCCGUGUGUGAGAGCGGAUCCCCAUGAUGAUGAUCUGAUUAGGAUGCUAUCUUCUGUGCCAGCCUCCAGCCCUCUGCAGCCCAUCACACUGAGCACAGCCAGGCCACAGUCACAAUGUGAAGAUGGCUCCAUUGCCAGGUACACCCAUGGAAACAACAGCGCCAUGGAAACAGCACAGCGAGUAGGAGUGGAGCACACGCCGGGCAGGGAAGGUCGACUGACUCAGAUGGACGACAGGCGGCGAGGGCCACCGCGCUGACUUUGUUACUACCCGAGAGGAUGGCGAUCAGCGCUCAUUCGCUUGAGUCUCCAAAUAAGCUAAGUAUCUCCUUACUGUACAACAUCCAGUAACUGCAGAACAAUCCAUUCCACUUAGAAAAUGAAUACCUGACUAGUAAAUGCCUCAGAGGUCUGGUUUGUGACUGCGUAUAUUCAUAGUUCACUUGUAAACUUCAAUUAUUUGCUUUAAUUGUACCUAUUUGUGGUUUUGUAUAUUUUUGUGCUUUGUAUUAAGAUCGUAGAGGCUAAAACUUGACUCCAAAGUCUAGCUUCUUUGUAUUCUUUAUUUUGAAGGGUAACCCGAGUUAAGCACCCUGUAAAGCAGAUUUACGGAUUUUUUUUUCUUUUCUUCCCAAUACAUUAUUCUUGUUUGAAAAACUGAGAACUACGUCACACAGUUGUGGCGCAUCUAGAUAUUGUAGUUAUCGAUCACGUGAUUGGUAUUUGAUUGUCUGCCAUAAUGGAGGUCAAUAUUCGAAGGAUAGGAAAUAGCCAAUUUUUACAACAUUCAUGAUCUGAGCCACUUAUUCAAGUUUUUGUUUUUUCUGUAUUGCCCUAAUCUGUUAAUAUCAAAGAUCUAUGAUAAAUAUGUAAAAGCUCCCGUCAUCUACGCUAUGAGGAGGACUCAAAACUUGAGCGUAGAGCGAAACCUUGGAUGUAGGGGUAACGACGCGUGACAACAACGCAGCCGUCAUAAACAACUUUGCUCCUGACCCUCACAGUUCAAAUGCCUCAUGGCCUAUGUGCAAAGAUGAGCGUAAAUAAAAAUGAGAACGUUUCACUUCAUAAAUCGUUGAAAGCUAGGCUUACUUGCGCUAAAACGGCAUUGGCUUUACUAAACAUGGUGGGAGUCGUGUUCAAUUUCUGCUAUGCGUGUCUGUCGAACAAAAUAGUAGCACAGCAUCAAUCAACUAACUGAAAGCCAUUCUAAGACAUGUUUUGGAUAGAUCUGUUACUCAAACGCAAUAAACACCUAAAUCUGCCAAGGCUCUUGUUGGAGGAGAGAGAGGCUGUUGACCAAUAUAUUGAAAUGUCAACUUUUAAUUGGUUUAACUUGAAUUUAUUUUUCCAACUGGAGGAGCAUUGUUUAAAGCCUUGUCCCCAGCUGACCUGCUACAAAAUUUAUAUUCAAAAUUAAAAUAUUUCUGCACAAAGCGGACACACAAGAUAACAUGAAAAACUCAGGCACUCCUGACAUAUGUUUGAGUGUUUGGAGGCCCGGCGCGCUUGCCACAUCAGAGUUAAAUUGUUUGAAUGAAAAAGCAGCUUCAGAGUUAUUUCUCAGGUGCACAGUUCAAGAAAGACUGAAGAGAGUGAUCAGUCAAGCCAGGGCCAUUAUUCAUCACAGUAAUCAAUGCCGAUGCCUGCGGUCCGGCACAAACAGAUGAAUGGUAAAGCUCUGCGUGUGUGUGUGUGAUCCAAUUUGCCACUCCCCCUCCCCUCUCUUGAUGUCAUCAAGACAAAUGGGCUAAUAUUUGACAGCCAUUUACUUUUAUGAGACUUGUGUGUCUGAGGAGAAAGCUUAUGAUGCUGAGUCACAGGGAGUUCCGAUUUUCUCUGCAGCAGUCCGCUAUUUUGACUGCGGGGAUAUAAUUCCCAGACUACUAUGCUUGUAAAUAGCAAAUGAUUUUAUUCCUGCCGAGUUAACAAAUGAUAUUAAACUCUAUUUUUCCAAUUACUACUUGUAUGUUGUUGCAACAUAUUUUAUUAAAUAUUAUAGAUUGAUGCAAUGUUUUGGCCUCGUCACAUUUUUGUUUCCACACAGCGUUUAUGUUGGGCUGCAGAUUAUUGCAGCAUAUCCAAGUAGGAACAAUGGAUGUGAAAAUAGUUUGGCCACUGUAAGUCAGACACUACACCUGUUUUAGUUCCUUACAUGUUGUUACUGUCAUAUUUCAACUUUAUUGAUUACAUACAACAAAUCUGAUGAUUACAAAAAUGCUGGUUUAUAGGGCAAUCUUUUUCAUAGUAUGUACAAAAAACAAUUUGUUCUGUGAUUGGACAACAAUUCAACACACUAAUACUAAGGUAGAAAAAAAACAAAACAUUGUUUUACAGUGGCUCAACUGAGUUAGUAUGAGAGGGGAAGUAAUACUUAGUUGAAUUCAUUGAUUCUUCACCGGCGUUGUCACGAGCGAUGGCCUCACAGCUCAUUGUGGCCCAGCCCUUGACCAGAUAUUUUGUUGUGCAAGUCCUGCAUGUGUUUCUUCAUCUGCAAAAAGAACACUUUUGGUCGGUUUUGAAUUCUUACGAGAGUUUCAUUUGAAAUUAAAUCAUGCAAGCGAUUCUUAACUUCUUAACCUGACUUGAAAUACCUUGUAGCCCAUCUCCCUGGUCUUCUCAGCCAGGGUGUUGUACUUCUCCUGGUUCUUCUUGAUGUGCUGUUUGUCUCCUAAAGCCUCCACGUGUUGUAGCUUCUGGUGGGAAAGUUCCAGCUGCUCCUGAUAGUGGCUGUGCUUCUCCACCUUGGUCUCAAAGUGAUGCAGCUCCUCCUAAAUUGAGAAAAGAACAACAACAACAACAAAAAAGGCCAUCUAGUUAUGAUUUCCCUCAGAGGGUCAUCAUGACUGGGGAAAAUGUGCCAUCACUUUAUAAGUUCCUUUAAAAAGUAAAUGGGUGAAAAAUGUUUGGAAUAUUUGUUACAAAAUGUUAAAUUUUGGUACAGGAUUUUUACCUAAACGCACGAAACAAACAGCAAAUUAAGCAAAGGACAUGAAGGAUUUGCUUUCUGGCCUGACGGCCUUCAGUUUGAUACUUGUGCUAGAGUGAAGAAAAAAUUAAUAAAAAUCAGCCUGAUCCUGAAUACCAACUUUAAUAAAUAUAAAACUCAACUAAAUGAAAUGCGGAGAGGACUCCAAGGUAAAGCUCCUGGGCCAAGGCCAAAAAUGAUUGGGCUUUCUGACAGCACACCUUACUGAGAAACCUUCACUAGCAACAAUUAUCGGAAUUCAGUGUAAACAUCUUCAAGGUCAUGCAAUUCAACCAAACCUUUCAGGAAAUGUCUCAAACACCCCAAAAUAUGGAGAUUAGGCCAAUACUUACGCCAGAAGAAAGAUGACUUUCACUAAUCUUGUAAGACUUCAGUGCACAUCCAAACGAUUAAGGCCACUCGUGUAUUUUUUUUGGGAUGAGCCCAAAGAAGCACACCAGAAAUAGCAAAGAGGAAAAAUACGAUAAUGCUUAUAGAGCGGUUAGUGGGUGUGACGUGGGGCUGUUUCGGCCAUGAAGUGCGAUACUGUAUUGCUGAUGAUAAGAACAGAAUAAGCUGCAUUUAAUCUCUUAUGACAAGCAAGGGGUCUCCCUGCUAGUGCUUGUCCCUCUUAUGCAAAUUAGCCACAUGGCUGUCUGAUACUCUUAAGUCAAUAAAUCUUAUCCGUAGAGUUGAUUUGAUAAAGGAUCAAACAAUUACUUGAAUUGGGAAAAAAAAACCCGAUGUAGUAAAUGACGAUGAUGUGGAGCCUACCUUGAGAGAGUCCAGCUCAUCAUUGCUGAGGUUGGCUCUCUUGGCAGCCUCCCACAGUUCAAUCACACGAGGCUCCCGGAAUUCUACGGUGACAAUCGACACACGUGAAAACGGCAUAAAUGCACUGAAUACAAAAGCUUGAGAGCGAAAAGAGGCAGUGAGAACGCAACAGGGAGAGACCGCGGUUGAAGUGAAAGACUAACAGUGACUCAGCAAGAUAGAAUUUGCCGACAAACUCGGUGAGAGCUGAACAUAAUGAUCAUGUGUGGGUGUUUCCCCUCACCGCUGUCCUCUGUGAAGCCCUCGUGGCUGAGCUUACGGAGGCGCGCGAAGCCUUGGUUGAGGUCGCUCAUCUUCUGCUUCAGCUCCGUGUGCUUCUGUUGCACCGCCUGCUCUUUGCCGGCACCCUCCAGGGGUGAGAUUACAUUCUUGUGGAUCUCUGGGAAUCGAAGGGGUACAGGUCGGGAGUCAAAGCACUUUAAAAGAUGAUGUGAAGAGGAGGACGUGUGAUUGAAACAAUGAGGAGGGCAAGUAUGCUGAGGCAUUCGCUCUUGCUACGAGAGAUGGAUGUUACUAACAUUUAACAUCAAUUUGCCUUUUUCUUUACAUGGCAUUCAUUUUGUAAAAAGGACAUGAUCGGUAUUGGUGAAUUUAUUUUAGCUGAUAUGAUGUUGACUUCAAAAUGCAACCACAAUAAUAAAAUACAUUGUAAUGUUAAUGUUGUUUAUCAUUAUCCUUAUGCCCAAAUAAUGACAUGCGUAUCUGCAAAAGUGGUGGGUGGUCAACAGAGGCAAAUAUGGUUGGUACACCGUUGAGAGUGGAAUCUGACAAAGUAACAAAAUGUAAAAAUAUACAUAUUGACAUACAAGACUUUCAGUUUUCCUCUUAUGGGUUAAGAUCAGGAGUUAGUUAUUAAUAUUCCUGAUGCUCUUUGAGAUUCUUUUGUGAUAAAAGCGUAUAUGAAAAAAAUGGACUUGACUUGAAAAUAAACCAAUGAAAAUGGGACAUUGCUUUGGAAUUGUGGCUGAGCAGAAUUAUGUUUAAAAACAAACUCAUUAAACAGGCCUGGACAAAAAUAACACCCUUAUAAAGAUAAUAAUGAAACUUAAAUAACAGUAAACAACAAAAAGGAAAUGACCUUGCUGUUACAAUGCAUUCCGAGGGGACUGUAUUAUUGCUUGAACAAGAUAUAAUGCCCAGAAAAUGUCAAAUGUUAAAUAUUAAGUUUGGCUUUGUACUUAAUAAUUUUUAUUUUUUUAAAAACCCAUUUCACUUAUUGUCUGAACCAUUGCUUGAGCCAGUUCUGGCAGGGCCACCACAAUAUGGCUUCUUGGUGACAUUAAUUGACCUGUUCAUCCAAAUGGGCAGUAGGGAGCGCUCAUCUUCCAAACAGUUAAAUAUUUCCCAUCACUGACAACCAUUUUUCCCAAUGACAGAGAAAUGUCAAUCAUUUUAGACAGACGACAAUACCGGAGGCAGAAUUCCAUAAGAGCUUUACCUCCAGCGGAGAAGGAGCUCAUGUUGCUCCUCCGACAGAACAUGAGUGCGACACUCAGCACUAGAUUAAAAACACAAUGUUGUGUUUCCAAACAACUGAGUAUUUGUGGCAACAAACUAAUUGCUACAUAUAUCACCAAAUCUCUCGUGAGAGUUACACUUGACACAUUACAUCUUAUGUCAUACGAGUUUGCAUCAUUAUUAUUUCAAAUGAAGCCAAAGAAAGUAUUUUAACAAACAUUUUAAGGUGUCUCUGAACAAAUGCGUCAUGUAGUGCGGUUCAUGACACUUUAGAAUCUAAUAAAUAUGAAGGAAAUGAAACAAGACAGACAGCGAGCUUUAGGUGGCGGUGGAGGCAGCGUGGAAGCAAAAAGACUCCCUCCCGGGCAGCCUACGAUUGGCUGAACAUUUAAGUGCAUCAGACAAGCAGAAAAGUACCUGCGGCAAGUUCAUGGCACAUGCUACAGUGGUGAGCUCCAACAGAACGGUUCUGUCACAAAACGGGUGGCAAGUGUCAGUCCUAAUAAUAUUGACAUAUUGCCGUAUAAUAUGUCAAAUAGCUAACGUGAUGUCAAGGCCAUGCAGUGUGAGCUGGUGGCUGUUCACGUGCGGAGUCCGACACAGUAUGUCACACGUGUCAAAUGCAAAACCUGCGGCCCUGCACGUCAUUUUAUUGUUUGUAUCAAGCUUGCCACAAUUCUUCCUUUACAAGUGCACCCUCUGCAGUAAACUAGGGUGACCAGACGUCCUCCUUUUUCCAGAUAUGUCCUACCUUAGAGACCUAAGAAAAUGUCCGAGGGGAAUUUCAAAAUUGUCCAGUCUACACCGAGUGUUUACAAGCAAUGCACGUUCACGGAGGAAUUAAAUAAAAAAUCCCCGUGCUUUUGCCAGGGUCGUGACCCUUAUGAAGCUGAGUGCUUGACAUGUAAAGCAGGCACUUGCGUGUAUGAGGCAAAUAAAGGUGCAAACGACCUGCAGUCACACUUCAAUUUAGCCAAGCACACAAAAGCAGCGAGGCAUUCUGGGCAUUCAUGAGCUAGUUGUCAGAGAAUUUACAUCCAGCCAUUGUGAGUUGUGUCGAUGAUCAUGCAAAAUCAGACGUGUAUCCCGCAGAGAUAAUGCCUGACGUGGUGGUCUUAAUGGACGAGGAGGAGGCAUGCGCAGUGGAGGACCGUUGCUUCCAAUAAAGCCACUAAUCCUUGAUAAUGGCACGCCUCAAAGGUCAUGAACCCACUUGUACCAAAGUCACUUACAGAGAAUAAACGUUUGAUGAAACAAACAAACUAUAAUUUCAUACGUUUGCAAUCCAAAUGGAAAGGUUUACCGAAACUAUAUGUUGUCACAUUCAAGUCAUUCCAAUCCCCCAACUUUAAGUGAACAUUUAAUUAUUUUUGUUAUAAUUAAUUUGAAAAUAUGGUCAAUGUUUCAUCCACAUAUUGGGAUCUUAGUAAAUCUUGGCCAAAAGUGUGUGAACAUAAAUAAGUAUGUAAUACGUGUCCUUCACGUGCUUGUGAGGACGAUAUUGGUUUAACGCUCACCCUCUGUCCUGCUCACAGUAUCCAUGAGGAUGUUGUAUUCAUGGAUCUUGUCCUUGUGGUGCUGAAACUCUCUCUUCAGGUUCAGCAGCUCGUCCUCAGUGAACUUCCCGGAGCUUUUUGCCUGCGCGACAAAACACAAAUGAAACUGGCGGCCGAGCAUAAAGCACAUGAUUGUGACGUAAAUGAGCUGCAAUAACCGGCUAGUAAAACAAGCACAUCGUAUACGCCCCCAAUACAUACGGACACUGAUGCAGUGCAAAGUGAAAUGUGAAGUAAAGUCCAGAUGGCUUCUGGACUCCACUGAGGCAGGUGUUGAUGAAUUAUUCACAUCCCAUGUCAUAUCAUAAACUACUGACACUUCUGUCACCUAAUGACGAACAGAUGAGCGAGAGAAAACAGUCCAAAUAACAAUUUUCAAACUAAACAUGCCUGUAGCAUAUCAUUAGUGCUGUAAACAUUGUGCAGAGAAUGCACUGCUCACAAUAAAUUGGGAAUAUUUGGCAUUCAGGUGAAAUUUGAGGGUGAAAGUAAAAUACACUAACUGUCUAAUCUUUUGAGUAAUGCCCAAGUGUUCAAUGUUUCAGUUCUUUUUGCACAACUUGCUGUUCUUUAACUAUGCGCUGAGUGGAAAAAAUGCACAAUAAGUGCUUGACCCAUAAAUUGAGCUCAUAAUAUUCAAGGACAUCUAUGUUUAUGACCCUCUCUACCCAUCUCUCAUAUUCAUCAGCAGU